AAGACCUGUUUCAUUGUCUUUCAACAUCAGAUCAUCAUCACACAUGGACGGGCUGCGUAUUUUUCUGGUCAUUCUCCUGGGAGUUGCACACUGUCGUGAUGAUUGGAUCUCUGAAUCAGAGUUGGAAGUGACAGUCACUCCAGGAGACAACAUCACUCUCUACUGUGACUAUAAAUUAUCCUCUGGAGAACUUAUAGUGUGGUACAGGGACUGCUCUCAUGAGAACCAGCCCUCUCUCGUCCUAAAACUAAAUCGUAAUGUGUGGAGACAGUCCACUAUUGCUGCCAGCCUUCUGAAUCCUCUUCCUCGUUUCCACUUUGUGAGAAACUAUGUGUCUGACUCCUAUGACCUGCUGAUUGUAAACGUCACUGAUUCUGAUGAGGGCCUCUACUACUGUGGAAGUGAACAGAAACAAGUGGAGGACAAAGGACAAAUUACUUCGAAAAACAUUUACAGAUACGGCACCAAUACAACAAGGAUCAUCACAGUACUCAACUCCACUGAGCCUUACCGCCCGAUUACACAAGACAGUGGUGUGUGCUGGAUGCUGCUGUUCUCUCUGUGUCCAGCUUUUGUUGUUCUCGUCUCUCCUCUUUCUUCUCUCCUGGUUUAUCACCUCAGUCAGAGAAAAGAAAAAGAACCUCAAGUUCAUCAGAAAAGACCCAGCACCAGAGACCAAGCAAGACGGAAUCAGGAUGAAGAUGUGUUUUUAACACGAGUCGUGUACUGGGCUCAGGAUGGAUAAACACUCCAGCAGGCAGUGCUGUGCAUGAACACGCUAAAGAGUGCUAAAAUACAACACCUGGCGUGCUACAGUGACGCCAACACAAGAGCGGCAUGGCUAGUGCUAAUGGAUAUUCAGGUCAUAUGCAUAUUUAAAGGACUUUAAUAAACAAAUUAGUACUGAUUCAAAUGGAAGAAAAUCUCAUAUUUAUAGGAAAAUUGUGCCCUGCGGGUUGUGAAAAAACAAGUCCGAACAUCAGCCAUAUCUGCAAUGAAAUUGAAAGGCUCCAGUCUUUGGAAAUAUCUGCAAUUAAAUGAUGAUCACAAGAAAGUUCCUCCAGCCAGGUCAAACUCACAGGUCUUUUUUUUAAUCAUUACUGCUUUCUCUACAUUGUGUGCCCUCUGCAGAACUGAAAUCAUCACACAUCUUUCAGCUGUAGGGACUGUAAUGAAGCCACUGGUGGAACCAGUACCAGGUCGCUUCGUUUGUUGUUUUUGUUGUAUUUUUUCAUCUCAUUGUUUGCUAGUUUUUAUGUUUUGCACCCUACUGUUAUCUACUUUAUAUAUAGUUUCACAUUUGCUAUAUGUUGUAUUUUAUAUGUGUUACACAUGUUUUUUCUACUUUGUUAGUUUAGUUUCUGUAGGAUAAAUAAAGUUCAAAUUUAUCUUGUCUCACCUCACCUCACCUCACCUCACCUCAUCUCACCUCACCUUAUGGUGCAUUGUUUCAGUGGUAAAACACAUGCUCAGAUUGUUUUUCUUGGCUUUUAAAAGUUCACUCUGUCUGUCAUUCUAUACUAGUAUACAGAAUAGUAGUAUACUGGUAUAAACUAGUCCAUAUUUUGGGACUGUGUACUUCAACUAAAUUUGUGUUGUGUACUUUGAACAUGAAC